CUCGGCGAUGCAGUCUUUAAACAUGGCUUUAUUUCAGGGAGAAGAAGAGACUGCGUUCGUCGUCGAAGACGUUAGAGAUAUCAUUAAAGAGUCAAUAGAAGCGACCAUCGGAGGAAACAGCUACCAGCAGAGCAGAGUGAACCAGUGGAGCUCCAGUGUGGUGGAGCAGUGUCUGAGUCAGCUCAGUAAGCUGGGAAAACCUUUCAAGUACAUUGUGCACUGUGUCAUCAUGCAGAAGACUGGAGCAGGUCUGCAGACGGCCGCUUCAUGCUUCUGGGACAACACAACUGAUGGAAGCUGUCCGGUGACUUGGGAGAACGAGUCGAUGUUCUGCAUCGUCACUGUUUUCGGUCUGGCCAUUUGAGCGCUGUGGAGAGGUGGAAACACUUGGCUCUGCUGCCUACUGUUUGAUACCAGUGUAUAUUUGUAAUAAAU